UGGAUGAGAUGAAAAGGCAUGAAAGAUAGAGGGGUUUAUGAGGUGCAAAUGCUCUGCACAGUAAGUUCGUUUGGACGCAGAUCACUGAUGUGUGUCUGUGUGGCAAUAAUGAGACUAAGGAAGACUUAAAUACGUACAAACUGGAGGAGCUUGCCAGUUUCAGUGGCCGCCAUUGAUGGCUCUUUCAAUCUCAUGAUGUCGCUAAGCUCACCACUCCACUCACAGUAGCUCGAUUUCACGCUCUGACUCGGCAGCAGCUGCUCUUCCUCCUCACGUACUCACAUCUUCUCCAUUUUAUCUCGUUCUUUGGUUCUUGUAUUUCGGGGUCACUGGGUAGACAUCUUUGUUGCCGCGGAGCUGGGCGUCAGCUGAUGGGUUGGUCUACCUCUACAAGAAGAAGCAGCAGCAGAAGAAGAAGCUGUCUUUGUGUUCUCAGCUGUGAACCACGAUGGUUGUGUGCAAGUGAGUAACUGUGUCCGCCAUCACAGUUUCACUGUAUUUGAGUGAAAAGAUGCGGCGACUGCGACAUUGAACCAAAUCAGUAAUUAGCAGACAAAACUUAGGUGUUCAUUAUCUCCGUCAACAAUCAUGGGGCUUGCGAAUGCGUACCGGAGAAUGUUGCACCGAUACCAUUUGGCAAUGAAUGAGAUAUUCGCAGGCUAUGGCUCAUUUGUUGCACACAAGCCUUGGAUACCCUUCAUAGUUGGGAUUAUGGUGUUAGGAGGCUUGACAGCAGGGUUGAUUAAGCGAACAACUGAGACAGACUUGGAGAAGCUGUGGGUAGAGCACAAUUCACGUGUUGUUGAGGAACGUCUAUAUUUCAAUCAGAGGUAUGGUGGUAUCCCUCGGAAAGAAUCGGUUACAAUAACAUCUCGAGCUUCCCCAGACGCUCAAAUCGACCUGAAGCGAUCAAUGGAUGCCUUGACUCAUGCUGUUGCGCCUCUUUAUGAUGAACUAAGCAUGGAAACAGCUGUGGGAGGCGCAAGGAACAAACUGGGCAAUGUUGAUUUCUGCGAGAGGCCAAUUGUGCCAACUACAUUAAAGCCCGGAAAGAAUCCAAUGAAAGACAACAACUGGGGAGCAUGGGGACUGCAGUAUAUCUCUACUUGUUCGGUAUUCUGGGCGUACACUGGUCGAGUGUCCGCCGACUCCGCACUUCCUGAAGGUUGGGGUAUAACACGGUUUCCUUGCACCAAACUCACGCCAAUGGACUGCUUCAAAGAGGGCGGUGACUUUGAUUACCCCGAGGAAAUGAAGUUGCUUGAAAGGCCUGUUCCUGAUGUCGGAACCAUAAAAAACAUCACCCUUAUUGAUCUCCUGCUUGGUUUGUACCAAAUGACAACCGCCCCCGUGAAAUGUGUCAACUUGUUGCGAACGAAUAUUACUUCUCAGUUUCGUCAAGCUGGGAGACCAGUAGCUGAAGUUCAGGGGAUUGUAGACGAGGUUGUUUCGAUAAUGAAGUUUGCCUUCACCUGGGGUUAUCGCUGGCGCAAGCCUUAUUCUCUGAUGAAGUCUAACAAAGAGAUAAUAGACCACAUCAAUAGCGCUGUCGAGAUUGGCCGUCACAAAAACCCCGAUCCUGGUGUACCCCAGGUUGUGGAUUGCAUCCUUAAAAAAAUGCCUUGUUGCAUGACAUGGUUUGGAGCACAUCUCCCCAUCUUCACAGCCCUUGGGAGUGUGGAGUAUGAUGCUUCAGGGAAGAAUAUUAGCAAGGUUGGAGGCGUUCGCUGGGGGUCCAACAAUUACCACCAUGAUCACCCUUUAUUUGCAGAGUAUAUUAGUAACAGAUUGGUUACCUCUGUAGGAUCUGAUGAGAGGGAGCAUCUGGUUAAGAAAUGGGAGGAUGCCAUGAUUCAUGAUUUAGACCCUAUGAGGCGGCAUGCCACUAACACUUCUUUUGGGGAUGGAGAAAUGUAUGAGAACCUUCAGCUAGAGUUCAAUAUGUGGAAAUCUACACGAGACAUUAUUGCAGACGCAAGCAAAUCUCCUUUAUGGCAAAUCAUUCUGGGUGCAGCGCUCGUCUCCGCCUAUGCUUUCUUAGCUUUCCUCAAUUUGCGUAAUCCAGUCCAUUCUCAUACCAGUUUAGCUCUUAUGGGAAUGGCAGUGGUGGGUUUUGCUGUUCUGGCUGGGUUUGGCCUCACUGCACUUUGUGGCAUUCCUUUUUCUCCUCUAGCCGGCUCAGUCGUGCCCUUCCUUGCGCUUGGUUUAGGUAUCGACGACGUAUUUGUACUAGUGAACGUUUUACGGAAUUUUUUGGAGGAUCCAAAACUGCAAGCACUCAACACUCCUGGUGACUUAGUACCUGAACGUGAAAUGAGACAUGCAUUAACCCUUGCUGGACCCUCUGUCAUCCUCACUACAUUUUCCGUUCUAGCAGCUUUUUUCAUUUCCUCAAUGAAUCCGAUGCCCGUGGCACAAUGGUUUUGCUGGCAAAUGGGCUUGACGGCAACAGUGCACACUCUUGGGAUGAUUCUCAUUUUCAUGCCCAUUAUGGCUCUUGACGCUCGCAGGGUGAAGGCUCGUUACAACGACCCCAAUUUGUGGCUGUUUUGCGGCAUCCGCAAGAGCAAAGCACCAGAAGCGCCCUACACUAAGGAGGCUACUUCCGAAUUUUCGGACCCCUCGUUCCAGGACAGCACCGGCAGCUCUGCAAUAUCUCGUUGGGUUGCUAGAUACUAUGCACCGCUAUUCGAAAGCAAUCUCUUCAAAAUUAUUGUGGUAGUUUUGUUUUCUGGAUUGCUUGUGUCCAUGACGUAUUUGGGAUUCGAGAAAGUGGAGCAUGGGUUAAGGCUAUCAGACGUCACAUUAACUGGGUCAUAUCAGAACACAUUUGCCAGAACUACCGAGGACAGAUUUACAAGUUACGACGUUUGGAUUGUUACAAGAGACAUCGACUAUGCGAAGAACCAGAAUAAUCUCGUAGAGAUGUACCGCGCUCUUGAGAAAACAAAAUGGAAUCCUCCCCAACCAGGGAUUCUUGAGUCAUCACCGCUUGGAAACCUCUAUCUUUGGAACCAAAUUGCGUAUAAUGUAAGUUGGCCUAUUCCUGCGAACAAUCAAACCUACUACGAUUAUAUCAAGCACUGGUCAGCGGGCCCACUUGGAAUUGCUUCCCUUCAAGAUAUUUACUGUGAGGACAGCAUAACAAAAGAGCAGCUCAGCUGUAUGCAGGAUGCACAUGCCCCUGGCUAUAAAAACAAUCCCAAUUUUCGCAUUGCUUCUAGCAAGACUGGGAUGUUUGCACUGCACCUGGGUGCUGGCACAUCAUCCAACCUUGAUAUGAUGACCAAAACUAGAACGAUCGUUGAUGACCUGAACACGAAGUUUGGUGAAGAUGUAGCUUUCAUGUAUGGAUUUCCAUUCCUGUUCUUCGAGCAGUAUCUUCAUAGCUACCGCGAUCUCUACACUGUUGUAGGCUUGGCCUUGGUUGGUGUGUUUGUUGCUGUGCUCGUAUUCCAGUUCAGCAUCACCAUGUCCUUGAUCAUCGUUACCGUGUUGCUCAUGGUUGAUCUUGAAGUUUACGGAUUCAUUUAUGUGAUCGGGGCUAAACUGAACUCGCUGUCGCUUGUCAACCUUGGCAUCGUUAUUGGAAUGUCGUCUGAGUUCACCUACUUGGCGAGGUCAUUCUUGAUGGUUGAUGGCACACGAAACUACCGAGUAAGGAAAGCACUGGAGUGGACUUUUGAGCCACUUCUCCACGGCUUUGGCACCCAAAUCGCGGCCACAAUUCCUCUAAUUUUUGUCAAGUAUCAUGCGUUUCGAGUGUACUACUUUGCCAUGUUCACCAUUAUGGGGGUUUUGGGCUUCCUAAACGGCUUUGUGCUGCUGCCGGUGAUUCUCUCUUGGGUGGGACCUCCACCUCUCCCUCACGUUGUCAACAGGGCGAACCACAAGGGAGUUGCCCAAGAUUUAGGAUUCAGAGCAAGUCCACACCAUGGUGGUGACACACCUAUGAUGAGUCACAACGGAGCCUCUGUUCCAUUAUAGAUUGCAAAUGAUACUGCUGUCAUAACACAUGUAAAAUGCAAUGGUGCAUCAUAAGGUUUCCUAGUUGUUUCGUUUUUAAUGAUCCAAAGCGGAAACAGAUUACUCGAAUGAUUAUCCUGCUAGCCAGACUUAAACCAACGGCCAGGCUGAAUGGUAAAGAACAGGAGUAGGAAGAAUCGGUCAGAUUUGUAGUAGUAAGUCAGUGGAGGAAUGCAAUAUGCAGAAACAAAGCCUGCAACUGUAGAAUUGAGUGUAAGGCAGUAGAUUGAAGACAGUUGUGGUGUACAUUAUAUUUAUGAAGUGAUAUGGCUUGUUGCCAGUAUCGAACUAAAUAUAACCCCAUUCAGCCACUUGCUUGGCUUGUGUUGCAGCCACAUAUUCAUACUGAAAUUGCUGCAUUUGCAUAA